AUGGACGAUUGCUUUGACCUAUUAAAAGGUUUUUGGCAGAUUCCUUUGAGUGAACGGGCGAAAGAAAUCUCGGCUUUUGCUACCCCGUAUGGUUUGUACCAGUAUAAAGUUAUGCCUUUUGGUAUGAAGAAUGCACCAGCAACGUUCCAGCACCUCAUCAAUCGCCUCAUCGCCGAUAUUGAUGGAUGCGAAGCUUAUAUUGAUGAUGUGAUCAUCUAUAGCAACACCUGGGAAACACACCUCGAGAUUAUGUGAAAGUUUUUUCAACGGUUACGCGAAGCUAGCCUAACAAUUAACCUCGUGAAAAGCGAAUUUGGAUGUGGCCAUGUGACCUACUUGGGACAUAUCGUUGGGCAAGGUAAAGUAAAACCUAUUAGUGCAAAAAUCGAAGCCAUUUGUGCGUUUCCACAACCUUCCACAAAGAAACAGGUCAUGUGUUUCCUCGGCAUGGCAGGUUACUACCGAAAGUUUUGCCCAAAUUUCUCUACUGUUACUCAACCCCUAACCGAGCUACUGCGAAAAAACAUUAAAUUUAUAUGGACAGAACAUUGUCAAUCAUCCUUCAACCGACUUAAAGCAUUGUUGCAAAGUUCUCCUGUUUUGUCAGCCCCAGAUUUCAGCCGCCCCUUUAAACUAGCUGUAGAUGCAAGUGACAUCGCUGCCGGAGCAGUAUUAUUACAAGAGGACAACGAUGGAAUCGACCAUCCGGUAGCUUAUUUUUCCUGCAAGUUUAACCACCAUCAACGCAAUUAUUCCACAGCUGAAAAAGAAUGUCUUGCCCUUAUCCUCGCCCUUCAACAUUUUGACGUGUAUGUUUCUUCAGCCGGAGUUCCUAUCGAAGUAUUCAGUGAUCACAAUCCACUGGUUUUCAUCCACCGAAUGAAGGACAAGAAUCAACGUUUGUUGCGAUGGAGCUUGAUAUUAUCGGAAUACAACAUGCACAUACAACACAUAAAAGGACAAGACAACUUGAUCGCUGAUUGUCUUUCAAGGCCAUGA